AUGGCUGAAGGGGAGAGUUGCAGCCCAUCUGCCGCGGAACAGAAAGAAGACUUUGAAAUUAUUGACAAAAACCUGAUUCCUAACACAAUUGAGUUGAAAAACGAGGAAAAAGAGAAAACUGCAGAAGAAACAAGAUGGUCUGCUCCUAUCUUGUCGCUGGCUAAGAAAGCCUCGGAAAACUUAGUGCUGAGCUAUGGCCACGCUCUGAAGUCUGCAUCUUUGGUAGGAUUCAUAUCCAAACCAGUCAGCAAUGACAACACAGCAAAAACAACUGUCCGCUGCCACACGAUGGAGGAGCGCGCAAAUCUCAUGAACAUGAUGAAGCUCAGUAUCAAAACCCUGAUCCAGUCAGCCCUGAGCCUGGGCCGGACCCUGGACUCGGACUUCCCUCCCUUGCAGCAGUUCUUCGUGGUGCUGGAGCACUGCCUCAAGCACGGGCUGAAAGUGAAGAAGACUUUUAUUGGGCAGAACAAAUCAUUUUUUGGUCCUUUGGAACUAGUGGAGAAACUUUGUCCUGAAGCAUCAGAUAUAGCAACUAGUGUUAAAAAUCUGCCAGAGUUGAAGACUGCUGUAGGAAGAGGAAGGGCUUGGCUUUAUCUUGCACUCAUGCAAAAGAAACUGGCAGAUUAUCUCAAAGUUCUCUUGGACAAUAAGCACCUAUUAAGUGAAUUUUAUGAACCUGAUGCACUGAUGAUGGAAGAGGAAGGAGCAGUCAUUGUGGGUCUGCUAGUUGGACUGAAUGUUAUUGAUGCAAAUCUUUGCUUGAAAGGAGAGGACUUGGAUUCCCAGGUUGGAGUGAUUGAUUUUUCCUUGUACCUUAAGGAAACCCAGGACAGUGAUGACAAACAAGAUGGAGGAAUUACUGCUGUGCUUGACCAGAAACAUUAUGUAGAAGAACUUAACCGACAUCUAAGUUGCACUGUUGCAGAUCUUCAGAACAAAAUAGAUUGUUUAGAAAAGACUAAUUCAAAACUCCAGGAAGAGCUUGCAGCAGCAACUGACCGAAUUGGAUCACUUCAGGAAGAGCAGCAGCAGUUAAAACAACAAAAUGAAUUAAUUCGUGAACGAAGUGAAAAAAGUGCAGAGGUAACAAAAGAGGACACGAAGGUAGAAUUGGAUACAUAUAAGCAGUCACGCCAGGGUCUAGAUGAAAUGUACAGUGAUGUCUGGAAGCAGUUGAAAGAAGAAAAAAGAAUAAGGCUGGAACUAGAGAAAGAGUUGGAGUUACAGAUCGGAAUGAAAACAGAAAUGGAAAUUGCCAUGAAACUUCUGGAAAAAGAUACUCACGAGAAACAAGACACCUUGGUUGCACUUCGCCAACAGUUAGAAGAGGUGAAAGCUAUCAACUUACAGAUGUUCCACAAAUCUCAGAAUGCAGAGUGUUCCUUACAACAGAAGGAGGAAGCAAUAUCAUCCUUUGAAGGAAAAACAAAUGAGAUGAUGUCUACUAUGAAACAAAUGGAAGAGAGAUUGCAGCAUGCAGAAAAGGCCAGGCAGGCUGCAGAAGAAAGGUGCAACAAGAUGAAGCAAGAACUUGCUGGCAGGCUUGACACUUGUCGGCAACAGAUGUCCCAACUGGAUAGCAAAUGCUCUACUCUGGAGAAGGAGUUAAAAUUGGAAAAAGAACAGAGGCAAACUUUGCAAAGAGAACUACAUCGAGAGAAGGAUACUUCCACACUGCUUAAAACAGAAUUGCAACAAAUGGAAGGACUGAAGAAGGAACUGAGAAAACUGCAAGAUGAGAAGCAGCAGUUAAAGAAAAUCUGUGAGGACCAGGAACAAGCCCUUCAAGAAAUGGGACUUCAUCUCAGCCAAUCCAAGCUGAAGAUGGAAGAUAUUAAAGAAGUAAAUAAAGCACUAAAGGGUCAUACCUGGCUAAAAGAUGAUGAAGCAACACACUGCAAGCAAUGUGAGAAGGAAUUCUCUAUUUCAAGGAGGAAGCAUCACUGCAGAAACUGUGGUGACAUCUUCUGCAACACUUGUUCCAGUAAUGAACUUGCACUGCCAUCAUAUCCUAAACCUGUCCGUGUUUGUGAUACUUGCCACACUUUGCUACUUCAGCGAUGUUCCUCUAACUCCUCCUAAGGCUUUGAUAACUGAGGCCCACUUCAACAUUGGAAAAGUAGCCAUUAUUUUUUUAAUUCUGAAUUCCAGAUACCUUCUGUGCAGCAGACUGGUGUUUAAAUUUUCCACUGUAGGAGAUGUCAAUGUAAAAACUUGUAUGAAUUAUGCAAGUUAAUGUUUCUCUAAGUGGAAUAAUUAAUCAAGUGUUGAUUUCCAUUAAAGUUCAAUUUGAAACUAAAAUGCAAACUCACUUUUCUGAUUUUAUACAGAAGUUAUUUGUAUUAAAAUUUGUACAUUUCUAUACUAACUUGAUCCCUCUAGAAGUCACUUUUUCUGCACAUUAACAUCAUGGGUCUACUGUAACUUCACUUCAGGUGUUCCCACUUGUUAUAGUGGCUACUGUACAGUUUUGUAUUUGCUCUAAGUAAAGAAAUGUCAAUUUAUGGAUUGUCUACAGAAAAAACUUUGAGUGUCAAUGAAUGUGCCUUCACUAUACUUAGGUCACAGAAAAGAAGUUGUACUUGUUCUGAAAGUAUCUGAACACAAUACCAUAGUUACACAAUAAAGCCUUUCACAAAACCUGAAA